UAUUAAAAAAACUGGAUAUAGAGGGGAGGGAACCCAAACUGACAUGCCCCUCUGAUUUGAUUGUAGAUGAAAUGGAUGUUAACUGGAGUAAUUCGGAAAGCCAAAAAUCUCUGAGAACUGUCCUCAAAUGGGAAAUACAGCAUUUGCUUCACCGGUUAUCAGAAACAGGGGAGGAAACUCUUCUUCUGACUGCCAACACUCGGGAAUUCCACGUAGCUGGUCUGGGGUCAGAGAAAGGUUGUGAAUUCCUGAACUCGACCAAUGUUGCUGAAAUCAAGUCCAAGUUUCUCAGCUUCUGUACAGCCUGUGGUGAUGACAGUGAUGACGGUUUCCCAUUGAAGUAUUUCCAGUGGGCAAGUUGUGAUGUUGCUACAGCGCGAAAUACCUACCUCAAGUCUAUCAAAAGAAAGAGAAACAGCAUACAAGGGUCAGCUAAGAGAAAGAAGUUGGCACCUCAGCACAGACUUUCCCAUCAGUUAACAGGCCGUAACCACGGACAUGGUGAUAAUGCCCAAGAAAUCACAAGAAGAAAAGGUAUUCCAGUCAAGUGUGAAACACAAUUUGAAUCUGAGGACUUAAAUUUUGAGCAAGAAAAUUGCUUGGAAAAUGAAGAAAGUGGGGUUGAAAAUGAAAUAAUUUAUAACAGCUUUAGAGAGAAGUUUUUGAAACUAAAUUUUCCUGGUGAAAAUUCUUAUUCUGAUGAUCAGGGCUCGACCCAUAGGAAUGCUACUUGCCGGAGUAAUGCUACUUGCCGAACGAAUGCUACCUCAAUUUGUGAAGGAGAGUGUAAAGGAUUGAACGAAAAUGAUGUUGAAUCUUUCGGUAUUGUUCACACAAGCCAAGAUAUGAAGGCAUGUUCUAAUAAUGACAAUACAGCUAUGGCCUGUAGCUCUGGAGAGAGUUUGUCUUUAUUAACUAACAGAGAUGAACAUGGUAUUAGCUCCCUGUCAGAUUUUAUGUCGCUUAUUCAAACCUCAGAAAUAAGUGAUAUUCCGAAAACAUGUCAAAAUACGAAAUCUUUGAUAUCAGUUCUCAAGCCUAAUUUACAUAUGAAAAUUAAAUUGGACUCAAGUGGUGAUUUGGCUGUAGGUAAAGGCUAUAAAACACCAAAAAAGAAGUCCCAAAAGAAAUCGAAAUUGAGAAAGAGAUCAAAGCAGUUAUCCCCUUUUAAGAGUAGUCGAGUGGUUAAGCAAGAAUCAGAACUUGAUUCCAAUGCUGUCCAUGUAAAGCAAGAAUUUGAUGACAUGGACAGUUACACAAAUAACAAUGAUGAAAUGGAAACCGGUACUCUUACUUCACAAUCAAAUUCAAAUGUUAAGCAAUCACCUUCCAAAUCGAAACAUUCCAAAUCUCGAAGACCUGUGACUCCAAAAUCACUAAAAAACUUCAAUGCUGACAUUAAAGAUGAACCAAGCUCACAAUCUUAUGUUCGACCCCCUGGAAAACUGUUUAAAUCUCCAGCAGUAGAUGAGCCAUCCCAUGAAACAGCCCUUUUAGAUAUUACCAAACUAGCAGUAGGAAGGUACCAAUGUCCUGUUUGUUAUUUAACCACCAGAGAUAGACAUGAUCUUAAGAGACAUCUUCGAACUCAUUCAAAGGAGAAACCAUACCAAUGUGUACUGUGUGAUAGGAAGUUCACCAGAAGAUGGGAUUUCGAAAACCAUCUCCUUCAGAAACACGGAUGCUCGGACGCACAUGCUUAUAGAUCUUAUACAAAGUCACUUCCGACUCUGUCAAAUGAUGAAUCAUACAGUAAGUUUGUCGCCAUGCUUUUGAAGGGUAUUCAAGAGGGUAAAACUGGGUUGGAUCUAUUAGUUGAAAACAAUGGUAAAGACGUGUCGAAAACUACAAAAACUGAGUCAGAUCUGUACCCAGAAAAUGAUGACAAUGAAGAUGAGUGUCAUGAUUUAUCUGAUGAAGAAAGUGAGAGUGAUAAUGAGGGAAAUGAAACUGACAACCAAUCAACAAAAAAACAAACAGCAUUAACAGCAGUUCCGAGUACUUUCAGUGAUGAGAACUUAAAUUCAAACAGUGCAGAUUUGGAACCUGAUCCUUCGUACACAGAGAAGCUUCAAUCAAAAGAUCCUGAUGAGAAAUCGUGUGCGGAAGAUUCAGAUACAAAUGACAAUGGAGACUCUAAUGAUACAGAGAUCGGAGGGUAUUUGGCCUCGGAUCAUGAAGAGAGCCCGAAGGAUGUGGAGACCAGAAACUUUCAUGGUUUAUUUGAUAUUAAACAGGACAUGAACAUCUGAUGAAAAGGUCACACAUUGGCCAAUUCAGAUCGAAAACUGUCUUUUAUUUAUAUAUUUAAAAUUAUUUAUUAUUCAUGACUGAAUUUCCAAGAAUAAUAUGUGUCCUUUUGACCUAGUUGUCAAGUGACGCUAUCACGCACAGGUUGUGUUACUACCCUCUCGGUUGACUUGCACUCUCAACAAACAAAUAAACGAUCAUUUAUUGAGUUACGUAUUUUUUCCAUGAACAGUCGAACCCUGUUGGCUCGAAGGGACCAGCAUAAAUACCUCGAGUCUCGGAGAAAUCGAGCCAAGCGGGAAUGCUUAUGUUUAGUGUAAAGAAAUUUGUCCUUAACAUUCCGUUCGAGCCAACGAUGAAAUCGUCCUAAGCGAGUUGAGCUAAUGGGGUUCGACUGUAUGUCAAACAUCUUCUCAUCGUGCUGAACCUGCUUAUGCUGACAGUGAGCCAAUUGUUCAGGUUCUGUUUUCACUAACAUAUUGAGUCUGAGUUCAGACUUGGGGUAAAAAAAAAAAAAAAAAAUGUUUCAAAAUAUCUUUAAUAUAACUAAUGAAAAAAUGAAAAUAAAAGGCAAACCUGAUUGUAGAACAGGUCAUUGUAACGCAUCUUAGCUCCAAUCAUAACAAAUUUAGAUCAAAAUUAAAUUAUAGCUUUUCUGAGUCUGAGUCUCCAACUCCUUCUGGAGACUUGGGCCCAGUAUAAAACAACUUGUGAUCUGUUGUAUUUUUAACAAGAUUUAAGGGAAUGCUUCAGCUGUAUUUUUUUCAUUUAAACAUGGGAGCACAUAAUCAAUUAAAAAUAUUUCAGCCUUAAAAGUCCACAAUGAUAUUGUGAGCAAUCUGCCUAAUAUGCCAGUAGGCAAGUAUAAACGUCCCAAAUAUUUAACUAUUUAUAAAUUUAAAAUGUGUACAGUAUUAAGUUGGUAUUUAUUAUCCUGUUACUGUAUCCAGUUUGACAGUGAACAGGUUCAGCAUAAUUGUUCAGUUAAUUGAUUCAAGUGGUGUAUUGCUUUAAUAAUAAGUAAUAAAAAAUAAUCAUGUA